AUGCUAAUUUCUCGCGCUUCCAACCCACGAGCCCUGAAAGGUUACCCCAAGGAACACCUUUCUGUCAUUUACAAGGCAAAUAAGAAGGCAUGGAUAACCAGUGCUAUAUUCAACCAGUGGUUAGCCAUGUACGCCAUCCCAGCAAUGAAGGAAUACUGUGCCAAGGAGAACCUAAAAUUCAAAAUUCUUCUUGUCAUUGACAAUGCUCCAGCUCAUCCUCCCAAUAUCGACGACUUACAUGACAAUGUUAAAGUUAUCUUCCUGCCUCCCAACACGACAGCACUGACAAAGCCAAUGGACCAAGGCGUUAUCGCCGCAUUCAAGGCGUAUUAUUUAUGGUGUAUCAUGGAUCAACUGCUAAAGACUACUGACAAAGAAAAUAAACCUACAAUCCAAAAAUAUUGGCAGGGCUUCAACAUUCUUUAUGCAAUCGAUAACAUUGGCAAGGCAUGGGAAGAAGUUUCAGAAAGUUACCUGAAUGAAGAGCUCACCAAUGAGGAUUUGCAACAACUAACAGAAUACAGUCCCGUUGAAGAUGACGGCGACGAAGAAAUAACACAACGAACGCUAACUACCAAGAGGAUGGCAGAAGCAUUCAACAUGAUUCAGCAAGGAUUGCAAAUCUUCAGUGAUGACGACCCAAACAGAGAACAUAGCUCAGAGAUUCAACGCAACAUUGAUGACAGUCUUGCUUGUUACAAUGAGAUCUACAAGGAGAAGAAGAGGAACAUUAAGCAGACAAAAUUGGACAGAAUAUAA